AUGUACUUUCAGCAAUUUCAGGGUCGCAAGGCAGCCUGCAAUCAGUGGCUUCACGUUAUGCCACGCGAGUUUACCAUUGAUGGGAGUCAAAAUUUGUCGUUUCCCACAGACGGCGCCAAUCCAAUAUCCCAAUCACUGCGCGCAAGCAAUGGGCUUAUAGCCAAGUGUGGGCAGAAAGCUGCUUCCGACAUGUCUAAAGUGUUACAAGUUGAACUUGAAGCUGAAGAGGAGAAGGUGCAGGAAUUGCUCGAGAAACAAGACCAGAGGUUUGGUUUGUUCAACAAGGAAUUUGCCAAACGCCAUGGGCUGCACUUGUUAGGAACCACAAGUACUUGGUUCUUAUUGGACAUUGCCUUCUAUAGCCAAAACCUUUUCCAAAAGGACAUUUUCAGUGCCAUUGGAUGGAUCCCUGCUGCAAAAGAAAUGAAUGCAAUCCAUGAGGUUUAUAGGAUUGCAAGAGCACGAACACUUAUAGCACUAUGUAGUAUUGUGCCAAGUUACUGGUUCACAGUGGCCAUUAUUGAUUACAUGGGCCGUUUCACGAUCCAAUUAAUGGGUUUCUUCUUCAUGACCGUUUUCAUGUUUGCUCUUGCUAUACCUUAUGAUCACUGGACCAAGAAAGAAAACAAUAUUGGGUUUGUUGUGAUGUAUUCCCUCACCUUCUUCUUCGCCAAUUUUGGGCCAAAUGCCAUUAUAUUUGUUGUGCCAGCAAGUUCUGGUCCUGGACCAGAUGCUGUAACUGGCUAUAUAGGAGAUGAUGUAGACGCAUGGUAG